AUGAUGUGUAAAACAGUUUUAAUUGUGACAAUUAUUAUUAUUACAUCAUUGAUGUUUUUGUCAAAUGUACAAGCACAAUGUCUAACCACUGAAAUAGAUCUAGGAGUAAAAGGAUGCUUUGCAAAUGGAACUACUUAUCUAACACUUAGUCUUUGUAAUGAUGGGGAUACAUUGUAUACAACAUUUGGAGUAUGUAAUGGACAAGAUCUUGGAAAGAUUAGUACACCUGCAAUGUAUGGUCAGGCUCGUACAAUCAAUAUUUAUUUAUGUCUUUUAGGCAACAACUACCUUUCAUUCAGGUCGUGUGGAGGGUCUUAUUGGACGUACAAUCUAAUGGAUCCAAUCAAACCGUACCAACAAUCAUAUUUGUUUUUGUUGACUUGUGGCAGCAACUAUGGUCAAGUGGCAGCCUAUGGGACACCAAGUGACACUGUCGCGACAAUGACCAAGCUAUGUGGUGUCUACGGUCUGCGAUACAUGUCACAAGCAGCACUUGGACAAUACGUAUGUCCCAACUGUAACCAUGGUAGUUGUGUCAUACAAAAUGGUGUUGGUACAGUUACUUGUAAAUGUAGUGAUGGUUGGAAUGGAAGAUUCUGUGAUCAACAAAUACCAAUUGGAACACCGACUAUAUCAAAUGUAACAGGAGAGAUAUUUGAUACAAGUGGAGGACAAUUGACAAUUACUGGACAAGGGUUUGGGUCAACUUCAAACAAUAUAUUUAUUUCAAUUGGUGGUGUACCGUGUAGUAACAUAUCGAUUGUCACUUUCAACACUGAGGUUAGGUGUAAUGUGACCGAUGAUGUGUAUCUGUCACCGGUAUCACACCGACUGCUACUCAAUGUAUCGGGGUUACAGGCACCCGAGUUAUUAUACGUGCAUGUAAAGUCGGCAGUCUUUGAAACCUGUACGGUUGGUGGUAAUUGUCAGCACGGUAACUGUACGUACAAUGGAUGCCAGUGUUUUACAGGAUACACUGGUUACAAUUGCUCAGAGAAACAAUCAUCCAUUACAACAACUGUAGCUCAAAAUAAUAAUGGUACUCUUAAUGUUUCAAUUUAUGGUAAUUCUUCAUCCUCUUCAACAACAUCGACAUCACUAUUUCAAAUUAAAAUGAUUAGGAUUGAUGAAUCUGAUAUUGACGGUAUGGUAAUCAAUUCUAUUGAUCUAACUAGAUUAAAUUGGACAUUAUCAACAAACAAUGAAACUGAUAAAUGGACAUAUAAUACUUUGUUUGGAGGAGGAACAAGUAUUCAAGUUAAAUUUGUAUUUUAUGUAAAUGCUACAAUUAUUCCAUUUUCAAAUCAACAAUUAGAUAUCAAUGCACAAACAUUAAAGGCAACCAUACUCAUUUCAAACUACACGUUUGCAGGACUACUCAACACCCUAUCAAUUGUUUUUGAAACUGGAUUCAAUAAUGAUGCAGAGACGGUCGAAUCUUGUUCGAUUGAACAAUCAAACAAUAUAUUUAACCAGAAUCUAUACACUUCUAUUCAAAAUCCAAAUGGUGGUCUAGUGUCUCGGUACCUAUCCUAUGCCGAAGUCGACACACAUCCUGUUAGAAUAGAAACCAAAUUACUUUCAUCAACCAAUUCAUCUCAAAUAAUUGGUGUUAGUAUUCCUUAUUUUUCACAGUAUGGUUUAGUUGAUCCUGAUUUUUCAAUAUUCUUUAAUGAUGGUGAAACAAAAGUUGGUAAUUGUGUGGACCAAGAGGAAAAGGAAGAAGAGGAACGACAAUGGAGACUCAUUACAGGUGUAGUGGUCGGAGGAAUUGGAUUUAUAUUGUUGGUUAGUGUUAUCGUUGUGAUUGGUCACAAGAAAAUGUGGAUCUCUAAAUUAAGAAUUAAAAUAGGUCAAGAGGUUGAAAUGCAUUAA